AUGGCCGAACAUACAGUGCCGAUUCAUCUGAGAAAUCGCCGUAGGGGUUUAAGGGUUAGGCCGAUGCCACAAACAGUGAUACUGGACAAAAAGUUGCCCCAACUCGUUCCGUCGCUUGAGGCCAUCUCACAAACCUCAUGUCCGCUAUUUUCUCUCCUCCCCGCAGAGAUCCGCAACCACAUUUAUGCCCUAGCUCUCGAAUCAGAUGACUACUCCACAAACGAAAAUUCUGAUGCUCUCUACCCUCGAAACACGUUUUAUUAUCGACCAGGUUACAAGCAGCCCAAGCGUAUGCAAACCGCGCUCCUUCAAACAUGCCAGCAGAUAUACGACGAGGCAUCUCUCCUCCCAAUCGCAAUUAAUGAGCAUACAUUCUGGUUCUAUCGUGCUCCACCACAUGUGAAUGAUGCAUCUCUGCCACAUAAAUAUUUUCGCAGGAUGACCCUCAAACAGCGGUAUCAGGUGCAACAUAUCCAUUUCUUUGUCCAGCAGUAUUUUCUGGAAGAUCACCCGGGUUGGUCUCGUGCAUGGGCGGGAAUUGAUUUGAAUGAGUCUGGGCCGGUUGCCCCUGGGAAAUGCAGGGUUUUACCGAAGAAGAUCACUUUCACAUUUCGGCAUACGGAUUGGUGGUACUGGGAGAACGAUGAUCCUCUGGGUAUGAAUCCGUUUCGAUGUGGAAGGACCCGCGCUCACGAGAUGGAUGGCCCUGUUGGACCGAGAUCAGAGUUUGCGUGGGGGAAUCAAUUUUCUCUCAUCCAAUCACUCGAGGAAGUGGUUAUUGAAUUUGAGACUAUUAUGCGGAAGCGGGAGCAGCUGGACGGUAUUGUGGAACGAGCUUUGGGUUGGAAGUUUCCUAUGAAGGUCGAGGAAUCAGUGUAUCUGGUUGCUGAUCCCAACUCCCGGAGUUCAUACAGCUGGAUUGGAGCGAAGGAGGGGGACCUGAAGGAGAAUAGACUCUCUCCUCCACAAGUUAUUGGUGGGGACUCUGAGCCAGAGUCUAGUACUACUCAGGAGCUAAAACAUACGCAUGUGGUUCCGACUUUGAAGCCGUUUGAUCUUCAGUCUGCCUUGAAAACUGGUGAUGGUACUGGCCCUAGCCAACUUCGGUUUGACCCAAAGACGGAAGAAGAAUUUUAUGUUGUUUUCUUGACGUGGAGAAAGCAUAAAGUUGACUAG